GACCUAGAACUCGUUCGGGCCUGGAAAACUGAUGUCAAUUACCCGUUCCCUGUCAUCACAAGCUCGACCGCCGCAAUACAUAAACACCAACAUACCGACACACUUUUGACACUCUUUCCCAAGUUCUCAACAGUUUGCUUCAGUCUCACUCCACUUUUGCCCUGCAAAUAAGAGCUACGCAUCCCUUCUCUUCGCCAACGACCGCCUUGGACGAAAAGCCAUCACCCGCCCUCAGGGUCUGCAGAGAAACCACACACACAUAUCUCCGUGCAUCAAAGGGACUAACCUCUCGAGAUGGCUCAAGACGACAAUUCCGUCAACCAGUCUCAAAAUGUUUCCGACGAAAAGCAGCAAUACAAGUUCGGAGCGGUUGAAAUCGGUAUCAUUGUAGCCUCCUGUGCCAUCCUGGUAUCCUUCUUCGUCGGUCGAUUCUACAUCCGCAGGUUACAGCGCCGUCGACAGCUGGACAUGGAGUUCCAGGCCCGGCAAAGAGACCUGGAGGCCUUGUACGAAGAAGACUGCAAACAACGAGUGACCAGCAUGGUAUCAGAUACCGGCUCUGCUGAGGCACCAAUACUCAAAGGCAACAUCACCAUCCAGUCGAAGAUCAACAACGAGUCUGAGAAGCAGGUGCCGAAGCCUCCCCUUUGGCGUUACAUCAACUCGAAACACCCGCGUAACGGCUCGGUCACUCUCGUUAUUCCACUUCACAACCGGGACAAGUAGGUCCUUUGACCUGCAACUUCUGUUCACCGCUGCAUGGCUUCUUCAGGGACAUCCCCUUCCGAUAGCAUUUUUCAAAGGGCGUUAUCACAUUUACUUUUCUUCUUUCUUUCUUCCUAGUUCGUUUCAAUCCCGUUGCGGUGCAUAGUCAAGGAUCGUAUUGAUACCAGGUCUACGUGGGUGCGA